AUGAGGUGGUUCAAUACCGUAUCGAUGUUCGGUAAUCACAUCACUGACACAGCUGCGGAACAGAGUGGAAGGCGCACACUCCACGACCGCGGCACGCAUCAAACUGGCUGCGCGCGAGCAUGCGACCGCGCGGGCUCGGCCGACGAGCCGCCCUACUCGGCCGGAUUGCCCCGGCCCCGCACAACCCUAACCCAUCCACUCCUCUGGCAGUCUGAGACUCCGGGCUCUGGCCGCCCGCCGAUCUACUAA